AAGACCAACGCAGGCAUCGGUUGCGCAGUGCAGGCCGUCUGCCCUUCCGUUGCCCUCAGCUGCGUCUAGUCUAGACGUACGCCCUAUUGCCCCUUUGUGAGGGCCGCAUCGUACUGUAUAAAAUUAUACGAGUUUACUUAAAGGACUUAUCACAAAGGUCUCGAAAACUUAAGGUCUCAAGGAACGCAGUCGCAUAACAAUUGAUGAAAGGGACCCUUAGAACGAACUAAAUUGGAAAGCUUCUAGGCGCGCUGUAACUACCACCAGCUUGAUCGAUUGCAAGCGCUAAGCAACGAGUAACUGUCGUAACCGAUAGCCUUUGUAAACGCACCAGUAUCUCCCGGAGAUAAAUGCUAGUGUAAAAGUUUAGAGCAAAUAAAUGGAGAACUCCGCACCUGCGCCCGGCCGCCGAGAACCUUCUAUAGAUCCAGUGAAGGCGCAGGGAAUCCUAUCAUCUUUAACGCGCAAAGAGAGGUACGCAGCGCGGCAGUGGAAGCAGAAAUGGUCGUUCUACACCAAGAUGCGGGAAAUGCAGGAGGAAGAAGCACUCAAAUUGGGCAUGUCAUUGGAGGAAUAUCGCGCGGGAGUUCGCUCAAUGAACUGCCAAGCUGAACCGAAACAGUACCCUGUACAGGUGGACCCGUCACCAGCCCCUUUGCCUCAAACGUCCUCGGGGAUGGUGGGUAGGCGCGCGCAGUGUCCCUUGGAGCGGUACGGGCGUCUCGUGCGCACGGCGCGCGACUACCCCACGCGGCCGCCGCUCCCGCCCGGACAGAUCUACGACCCGUACAAGCAGACCAUCAUUUUUCUGGGGAUCGACGUCGGGGACCCUAUUUCAUACAAGCUGCCUCCAGCGCGCUGCGAGGUGACGGACGAGAUGUGGGCGCGUCCGCAAACUGUCUGUGUGGAUGCACUCGCCGACCGUUUAGCCAAACUGUAGGACGCAUAGGACGGUCCGUGUUUUUGCACAAAUAUUCCACAUACACGUACUUUGCGUGAGAAUAGUAUUAUGUAUAUAUGUAUACGUCGUUUCACAAAAACGGGCAAGAAUGGGAGGAACGAAAAUUUAAUUCUAUGAGUGACAUCUGUAUUUCUAUACAGUCAAGACAGUCGAGUAGAGAGCCACCAUUUUAGGACCUUAUCGCACUUGCGAUUUGAAGCGAAGUGAACGCGCAACGAGUUCGCCGGGAGUGCGCAGCGUGUUCGCCGCGAUAUCCAUUGCAAUAGGGUUUGAAUCUUCCGACGGUGCUUUUAUUGUUGCUUGUCCAUCUGCCCACAUUCGUAGACAAUAAACUACUACAAAUACCGACUUAAACUAAAGUGGAUAGAAAUUAAUUUUGCUGACGAAUAAAGCAUGACGUCUCGACUCUACACGAGGCGAACUCGCUGCGCACUCGCGGCGUACUCGCUGCGCGUUCGCUUCGCUUUCAAAUCACCCGCAAAUCGCAAGUGUUAUAAGGCCCUUAUUGGUUGAUGAUACUUAGAUAUUUUCAUUCGUUCCGUUUUGACCGCUCUUGUAAAAUGAAUCAUAUGGGAACUACAGAGAGACCAAACAAGAAGUAACAAUAGUAAUAAAAAAUAA